AGAGCCUUCAAUCAUCAAAUAAAAGCGUUGUGAUGUCGCUACGACAGCUACUGGGAUGGUCAGAUGGAGAGGUGAUGCGGCCGGAGUCAAAGCCCUGUUCCCGACUGAUGCGCCACACUGCUGGUAUCUUCUCAGUUGGUGGUGGCCUUGCUUUCUGGGUGCUUUGCCGGCUUCACUAUGGUCCAAGAAUUACGGUUCCCAGGAGUCUUAGGUGGGCAUCCUGUGGAGCGAUUGGCACGAGUGCGACGGCAGCCAUGCUUGUGCGGCUCUUCAGCCCGGAGUGUGAACCGCAGAACAUCGCAGCUUUCGACAGACCUGAACACAAGGCUGCAUAAUAUCAUGGAAAUCCGGGGCCAGGUCUACCAAGCUAUGCGUGUUUGCUGAUUCGGCCCAUAGUAUCUGCUUUCUUGUAAGGUGCUUAUGCAUAAAUGUAUCUCCCUGAAAUCGUACAGCUCUAUGUUUCCUACGCUCCCCCCCCCCCCCCCCCCCCCCCCCGUCAUUUUCUUCUUCUGAAAACUAGGAGCUGGUACCAUUAGCAUCAAAUUUGGUUUCCGUUGCUUGCGAACUGAGAUAGUGCUGUAUUACUGGCUACACUCUGAAUGCUAAUAAGUUAGUAGUACAUUCAGUUAACCUGAUGGCUAACAAGUUACAUUCAGUUAACCUGAUGACUGUUUAUUC